CAAUGAAAAAUGAAUGAAAUGGAAUGAAUGAGAAAAAUAAAUCAAUAGAUGAGAUAAAAUGCGAUGAAUGAAGUAUCGAAUGUAAUCAGUCUUCGGGCACAGAUAAAGACCACGAAGACAUAGACAUUCCUCUCACGACUCUCAAAAUACUGACCGUUUACAGUUUUCAAAUUGAGAAGUUUCAGGUCUUUUUUUAUUCUUGAAUGAAGAACAUAAGAACAUUUUUUUAACUUUUUGGGGUAUUUUUACGUAUGCCCAUCAGCCUAUGGGUAAUUGGACACGGGUAGAUAAGAUGAGGGCCUCUGCCGCAGAAUAAAUAUUCAAACACAUCAGCACAGUCUCCACCAAAUUGUUUUGCUAUUCAAAAUGGGUUAGGAGAUCAAGUAAAUUUGGAAAUUGCGGAGAUAACGGAGAUGUGGUACAGGAUGAAGGCUAAUUUGAAAACUCCGCCGGCCCAGUUACUACGUUACUGAUUGGCUUUUGGAAAAUAAAAAUUAUCGUUGGAAUUGUAAAUUAUGCUGAAAUAAUUUGCACAGACUAGGGCAUGGAUAUAUGUAAAUAUUUUUAAAUUACAAAUCUAAAACAUAAUUUUAUAGUUAAAUAGCUUUUCUCUAUAAAGUUAACUACUUAACGUACAUUCGAAGUUUCGAACUUUAUUUCACAGUAACAUUUUUAAAAUUGGAGCCUGGGGAAUGCCUACUUCUCAUUGGUCGAGAGCCAGACAGACGACAGAUCGCAAAUUAACAACAACAAACUUGUCACUGUUUUUUUCUGACGACAUCAAAGAUGGCCACUGGUUUUCAAAGAAACUCUUUUCCUAGUAAACAAAAAUAUUUCAAAAAUCAUUUUGAAGAAAAACCAAAACCACAGUUAAAUUUCAAAGAAAAGAUUACAAAUGAUUCGAAACCAUUUCGUCACAAACUCAAAGAGAAGCCUCAUUGUUUAAAUCCGCUGUCAAUGCAACAGCGAGACAGACAUCCAUACGAAUUUGAAUUGAAGAAAUUUUCUCCAGAUUCAAAAUUUUUAAAAAUCAAACAUGAAGUGCCAAAUUUCGAACCUGUUUCUUCGACUCCUUUAAUCAUGGUUGAUACAACAGAAGCUUUCGAAUACCUUUUGCAAGAUUUGCUAUCACAGACGGUGAUAGGUGUUGAUCUUGAGCAUCAUAGUGACAGAUCAUAUCGAGGUAUUACUUGCUUGAUGCAAAUUUCAACAAACAAGACCGACUACAUUAUUGACACACUUAAAUUGUGGGACCACUUACAGCCACUGAAUAAAGUAUUCUGUGAUCCACACAUUGUUAAGAUAUUCCAAGGAGCUGACAGUGAUGUCAUCUGGCUUCAACGGGAUUUUGGGAUUUAUGUUGUCAAUCUUUUUGACACGUUGCAAGCUGCAUCCCUCCUUGGAUUUGAAAAGAAGGGCUUGUCUUUUCUUCUUCAGCACUACUGCCAAGUCCAUGUCAACAAAAAAUACCAACUCGCAGACUGGCGAAUUCGUCCCUUGCCUCAGGAAAUGGUGAAGUACGCCCGAGAAGACACGCACUACCUGAUCUAUAUCUACGAAAGGAUGAAACAAGAUCUCUAUUCACGUCAUUGCCUUGGGGAUGUGAAAAUAACACCCGAAAUGAAGAAAGGAGCGCCCGAAGAGUCAAAAGACAGGAAGCCCAAGAGCAAAUCAAGUCAAAUCACACCGGUAAACGAAAAGGGCGUCAACCAGAUCUUACAAGUGUGGAACAAUAGCCGAUCUGUCUGCCUGAAACAAUACAGGAUUCAAACAUUGGAGGAAAUGUACUCGAAAUUUUACGGCAGCUUGAAUAAAGAAGGAAAAAAGUUCAACAAUCAGCAGUCGUACGCCCUUCAAGAAAUCUUUUCCUGGAGAGAUCGAGUGGCCCGCGAACUGGAUGAGAGUCCCCAUUAUGUAAUGACGAAGUUUAAUAUGCUGAAUAUUAUCAGUCAGCUUCACAACCAGCCGGAAAACAUCCUGCAACCCAUUUCUCGUCACCGUUUCGUCCAUCAGCAUUUACCGCAACUGCACGAGGUUAUCGUGAAAGCAAAAGCUAUUGCUAUUCAAUCCAGUCCAAUAUCUAAGAAGAAAACGAAGAAAAGAGGUGCAGCUUCCGCCACUGCCGUCCCUCCUGUUUCUCAACCUCCCAUGAAGAAGCGCAAGAUUGACAAUGUUGCAUCAUCAACAGUAACAAAAGCACGUCUAGUCCAACAAAAGAUUUCCGAGGUAGAAAUGAUUGAUUUGAGUUGUGAGCCCAAUCAGAUGAAAGAACGACGCCCGGCUAAGAAGAUAAAUAUGUGCGAAGUUGUAUUCACCGAUUUGGUCCGCAAGACUGACGCUGCUGUGGCGAAAUCACCAUCAGCAAGAAAUGAACCCGCCUGGCCAGCCAAGAAGUCACGCAAGAUGGAACUGAUCGAUUUGACAUAAUCUUGCUCAAGGUGAUACGUUCCCCAUUUUGGUUUUAGUUAAUGUACUAUCAAUGGCUACAGAUUGGGAGGAAACCGUUACGUUUUCUUGGAAUAUAAAUCGACUAAUUUUUUAUGUAACAUGACUAAAACCAUGCUGAAAACUGCCUCCUGUAAAAGCAUUUCAAAUGUCAAUACAAAGAAUGUU